AUGUCGGACAUGGAAGACGAUUUCAUGUGCGACGACGAAGAAGAUUAUGACCUGGAAUAUUCAGAGGACAGCAACUCAGAGCCAAAUGUGGACCUGGAAAACCAGUACUACAACUCCAAAGCCCUGAAAGAAGACGACCCCAAAGCAGCACUCAGCAGUUUCCAGAAGGUGUUGGAGUUGGAAGGAGAGAAGGGCGAGUGGGGAUUCAAAGCACUGAAACAGAUGAUCAAAAUUAACUUCAAGCUGACUAAUUUUCCAGAGAUGAUGAACAGGUACAAGCAGCUGCUCACAUACAUCCGGAGCGCGGUCACAAGAAACUAUUCUGAAAAAUCUAUCAACUCCAUACUGGAUUACAUCUCUACCUCCAAACAGAUGGACCUGCUGCAGGAGUUUUAUGAAACCACGUUGGAGGCUUUGAAAGAUGCAAAGAACGACAGACUAUGGUUUAAAACUAACACAAAGUUGGGUAAAUUGUAUCUGGAGAGAGAAGAAUAUGGAAAACUACAAAAGAUCCUUAGGCAGCUUCACCAGUCAUGUCAAACGGACGAUGGGGAGGACGACUUGAAGAAAGGCACACAGCUGCUGGAGAUAUACGCUUUGGAAAUACAGAUGUACACGGCACAAAAGAACAACAAGAAACUGAAAGCUUUGUACGAGCAGUCGCUUCACAUCAAGUCCGCCAUCCCCCAUCCGCUUAUUAUGGGAGUUAUUAGAGAGUGUGGGGGAAAGAUGCAUCUGCGGGAGGGCGAGUUUGAGAAGGCGCACACAGACUUCUUUGAGGCCUUUAAGAACUACGACGAGUCCGGGAGCCCGCGCCGGACAACAUGUCUGAAGUAUCUGGUGCUCGCCAACAUGCUCAUGAAGUCUGGGAUCAACCCUUUUGACUCCCAAGAGGCCAAACCUUACAAAAAUGACCCAGAGAUUCUAGCUAUGACAAAUUUAGUAAGCGCUUAUCAGAACAACGACAUCACUGAAUUUGAGAAGAUCUUGAAAACAAAUCACAGCAACAUAAUGGACGAUCCGUUCAUCCGAGAGCACAUAGAGGAGCUGCUGAGAAACAUUAGGACUCAAGUACUUAUCAAACUCAUCAAGCCUUACACGAGAAUACACAUCCCUUUCAUUUCAAAGGAGCUGAAUAUUGAUGUUUGUGACGUGGAGAGUUUGCUGGUGCAGUGUAUCUUGGAUAACACCAUCCACGGCAGAAUCGAUCAGGUCAACCAACUCCUGGAGCUGGACUAUCAGAAGAGAGGAGGUGCGCGCUACACGGCUUUAGACAAAUGGACAAAUCAGCUGAACUCUCUCAACCAAGCCAUUGUCAGCAAGCUCACAUGA